UUUUUGCUCCAAAUCCAUUCGCAUGUUUUUCUGUCGAAUUGUUCAGAAGAACACACGUACACCACAAACGCACUUCAACACCAUAAAAUAGCCAACUUUAAUGAUGAUGAUUAAGAGGCAGUCUAUUUCCAAUUAUUUUGUUUUCACAUUGAUGGCCUCGUUUUUUUUCCUUGUUACGUCCAAUAGAGAGAGAAAAAUUGGGAAGAAAUUGUUGAGAUUCAAAUAAAAAUGUCGAAUUUUAGAAGAAAAGAAGAAAAAAACGAGAAAAAAACCACUUGAUUUUUUUUUCUUCAAACAACCAUACAACUUUACUUGCAGGCCUCCAGUGGUGUCCCCUUUCGUUAGUCAAAGGCAGACACACACCAUGAGCAACACAAUAUUUCUGCAUCAUACAUCCAUUGGACGGCACCUGGAAGAGAAGGAACAAAGGCAAUUAUUCUGCAUUUUUACCAACGAAUUUCACUUACCUCGUACUUACCUACGGCGGAAUCGAACCUCCGACCCUUUGAUUACUAAACUCACACUUUAACAACUGGACCAUUGCGCGGUCGAGUUAAGAUGCACUCGUUUGUGCACCGACGAUUGAUUGAGUUUAUGACGACACGCUCUCUUCUCUGUUGAUGCUGCUAUACGUUUGCAUAUUGUUUAUUGUUGUUGAUGCCGUCGAUAGCAUCGAUAUUCGCAUUCGCACACAGUUCAAAUUGACAGCAACUGUAUUUGUCAAACGUCGGAUUGUGCGUUAUGUUUACGGUUCAUUGAAUUUCGAACCAAUUUUUGGUUUGAAUAAAAAUAAAUUCGCUUUUUUCAGUCUUCAUUCAAUAUAAAGGAUUUUCAGAAGAAAACAAAAACAGAACCAAGAGAAACCAUUGAAUCAUUGAUUUUUUUGGGAUACUUUUGUAGUGGUUUCGUCUGGUAAAAUGCAAUGAACCUUUGAAUAUUGAUCUAAGUUAAAUAGUGUGCCCGUAUCUGCUUGUUAUUUCACAGAGACAAUUACUUAAUUGAUGAUUAUUUAUAGUUUACUGAGCUAUAAUUAAAAUCGUCUGUCGUUGCCAAUUGCCAAUUGCCAAUUGGUUUCAUUUUGAUUUUAUUAAACUGCUGCAUGCGUUUUUUUUAUUUCGUAACUUAAUCGUACACUUUUUGAAGUAAUUUUGAGUGUUGAUAAAAAAAUGAAUGAAAUUCGCUCGAUUUUCAGUGCACAUUACAGCGCAGCGUGUUAUCUCACUCAUAGUUUGGUGAUGGAAAAGAAACAAUCUAAACAGCGUGAAGAUUGAUAUGCCGAUCAAACUGCUCCAAUCAAAAUUGUCGAUAUGAAUUAUUGCAAAUUUAUUUGAAGUGACACAGAUGUGAAAAUUUGACAUUUAUACGCUUUACGCGUCAGCCACUCGAGAAAUGCUUGAAUAGCAAUUGAAACUUGAAAUUAAUGGUCAACUAAACGGUUCAUUGGGGGGCCAAGAAAUGCUUCAUAUUUAAGUUUCAACCACUUGAAACAUUUCCUUUGAACGAUGAUAACAUUUUCAAGACUCGACUUAAUCCAUACACGGUGUAAUUGCCGCGUUUACACUAUUCCUAAUCAUACACUUGAACGUCAAUUGAUUGGGAAUCAACUUCAAAAUUCAAAAGACAAAAGAUGAAAAAAAAUGUACAGGAUACACAUAUCAGUUGUGUCUGUGUGACUCAUACCAUUGUCUGUAUUUUAAGAAUUUUGGCGACGUAAAUUAACGUAUAGAUUUUUAAAAUUUGAUUCUGCAAAGAAAUCAGGAACAAUGAUAAACGACUGUUACCAAUGAGUACAUUGAGUGCUCCGAAGCCAGAUAACGAUGCACAAUGUAUUCAUGAACCCGUAUAUUUUGGGUAAUAUUCAAUGAACGAUGGGCUUUCGCAAUCAGUUCAUGUAUUACGGUGAAUUGAUUAAUAGUCAAUAUUGGGCCGCUUGAAAUUUCGCCUUUGUGUUUUUUGAGAUUUGUUCAAAUAAUGGAUUCCAAAAAUGGAUUGAAACCGGUCGCAACAGCUGAUGCUGAAAAGGCCUCAAUUGAAUACGAUCCAUUUGCAAUGAGAACAAAUAAACACCAUGCAACCACGGACCGCGAUACGUUGGUUCAUCUGCUGAAAGCAUCUCUUGGCACAGGAAUCCUAGCCAUGCCAUAUGUAUUCAAAGCAUCCGGAUUGUUGCCUGGUUUUCUAGCUGCGCUAAUCACCUCCUUCAUCUGUACACAUUGCUCUUACAUACUGGUUAAGUGUGCGCACAUUCUGUACAAACGCACGAAAACAUCAACGAUGUCAAUUGCAGACGUUGCUGAGGUCACAUUUGCUAAUGGUCCCGUUGCAUUGCGUUGUAUGGCGCCGUUUGCACGAUAUUUUGUAACAAUCAGUGUGUUCGUGACAUAUUUCGGUUCCUGUUCAGUGUAUGCCGUCAUGAUCAGUGACAAUGCCAGACAAAUGUACUUUUUCCACACUGGCAUCGAUGUUAGUAUUCGCAUAUGCAUUUUAAUGUUUAUGUUGCCAUUGAUUCUAUUGUCAUGCAUACGAAGUUUGAAAUUUUUGGCACCGGUAUCAAUGUUGGCCAAUUUUUGCAUGGUAACCGGUUUGGGCAUUACAAUUUUCUACUUUGUAAAAGAUUUACCGGAUUUACGUGAGCGUCCAAUUGUUGGCGAUAUCACCGCAAUUCCAUCAUCGAUUGCAAUUACGAUUUUUGCAAUAACGGUAGCUGGCGUGGUGAUGCCACUUGAAAACCAGAUGAAAACACCGAAAAACUUUGUCGGUGUUUGCGGUGUGCUGAGCCGAGGAAUGUUCAUGGUUACAAUCAUGUACCUUUUGGUCGGUUUCUUGGGCUUCUGGUGUUUUGGCAAUAUUACUGAAGAGAAUAUCACCAAAAAUCUUCCCGUUGAUGAAAUCAAAGCGCAAAUCGUUAAAAUUUCCGUGCUUUUGGCUGUCCUACUCACAUUCAGCUUACAGUUGUACGUAUGCGUCGAAAUCGUAUGGAAUGCGAUAAAAAAUCGAUUUGAAAAGAGAGAAACUUUGGCCAAUUAUGCACUGAGAAUAUUCCUUGCAGGUUUAUCCGUUUUAUUGGCAAUUUUAAUGCCAUCAAUGGGACCGUUGAUUAAAUUGAUCGGCGCUUUUGGCUUUUCAUCGCUUGGUUUAAUUUUCCCUGUUAUUAUUGAGUUGGUGAUAUGCUGGGAUACUGGAUUCGGUCGUUUUAACUGGAUUUUAUAUAAAAACAUCAUUUGUAUCGCAUUUGGUCUAUUUGCUCUAAUUUUCGGUACAAUGUCCGCAAUUGCUGAAGUCAUCGAAAAAUUCACAUAGAGUUUUUUCGACUCCAAAUUUUAACGGAAAUUAGUACAAAACCACAAUUAUUAUCACUUGAUGAAAGUAAGACCAAAGAAUGUAGAUCAUAACAAAAAAAAAAUACAA